AUGUCAAAUACCCAUCCGCCGUCGCCUCCGCUGUCAAUAGACGGAGAAUUAUCCCGCACCAUCGGUGUCUGUUCAAUCCAGCAAGCUGGGUUGCCAUUCUUCCAAAACAGAUUGCAAGUUGACAGCCUAUACACGCAAAUGACGCCAUCUCCAACUUUGCAGUAUACCCGUAUUGAGGUUGACCCUCAUCGAGAACCAAUAAUUGCUGGUGAUUAUGGAGUUCUAGGCCCGUAUAGAAACGGAGAUGAGGUUGUUUAUCCCCAAACGGCACCUUUGCGCACACCGGAAUCACCCUUGGGUUCGCCGAACCGAACUGUUUCGCGUCCUGCCUCUGGCCGCACUAACAAGACGCGCGUGCGGAGGAUCGUAAGGAUGCGAAAACGAAAUGUUGCCAAGCGGGGUGGCCCUGACGAAAUUCUUGUGCCGCGGCCGUUAAGUGAAUUGACAAAGGGGAUGCGAAUCCCGGUGCGAAAUAUGGAGCUCCAUGUGAUGCGAUCCACAGAACAACGCCAAAAGGAGGUGGAGAAGAAAAAUGGCAAGAUCGCACGGCCGAUGAAUUCAUUUAUGUUGUAUCGCUCAGCAUAUGCGGAAGCAACAAAGGAAUGGUGUGCUCAGAACAAUCAUCAGGUAGUCUCGCGAGUAGCUGGUUUGAGUUGGCCGAAGGAGCCCAAGGAAGUAAGAGACUACUACGAGCGACUGGCCAACAUUGAACGAGACAACCAUGAUAAAGCCCACCCGAAUUACAAGUUCGCUCCAAACAAAAGUGCGAACACCCCCAAGAAGAAAAAGGCAUUGACCAUGAAGGAAGAAGAGCAUAGCGAUGUCAGUGACCAUGGUAUCACAAUGGCUCCAUCGUAUCAAAAUCCAGUGAGACAUGUGUCUGGCGCUUCAUUCCAAGAUGGCAGCUUCCGAAGCCGCACUCCCACUCCCAUUGAUCGCGACAGCUCAUACGACAGCCGUCAGGGAACGCCAUUCGAACAAAUUGGGGAUGUGUAUCUGAACGGUGACAUGAACCGAUCAUCAUGGCAAAUGUCGAACCCUGGCAGGCCGCAUCCUGGCAUGUUCUCUCCUCCCGAACAACAACAUUAUUAUCAACCAUCCAUCCACCAAAGCACCCUAGGCCCUAAUAUCGAAGACGUGACCUUCAAAAAGAUGGGCGUUCCAGGCAUGCAGUAUGACGGACCAGUAGCUUUAGCCGGUCUUCCAGGCAACGCACACCCAGACUUGCUCCAACAGCAGCCGCUCCCACAAUCAAGGACACCAGUCUCGCUCAACGUGUUACAAGUCGAUCCCCAACUUUUCGAAUUCGAUGGUCAACCUAAUCUGUCCUCCAGCGAUGGAACCAGCUACGAGGGUCCGAUCGACAUGUGGCAAAUGCCUAACGUAGAGCAACAAUUUGCCCGGAGUGGCCUUCCUAGCCAGGAAGACGAACGAUAUAUUUCACAAUCCGGUUUCCAUCCCGGUCUACAACAACCCAUGGAUGGGCGAGAGGUGUGGAAUGAAAACCAAGUUGAUGCUGGCGGACAAUUUGAAGACUGGAUCAGUACUGGUCCUCCAUUUGAGUACGGUAACAGCCAGCAAAAGCAUCUUUGA